UACACACACUAGGUACUACUGACUCCAUGGAAGAAUUCCUUGGAAGUGAAGAAGCUAAUAAGGAAGAAAUACAACAAGCUGUAGCAGGUAAGACUAAGGUAGGAAGAAGAUGGGGGAAGAAGAGGUUGGAAUAAUUAGGGAAGGGAGGUCAUUGGAGGUGACUCCAACUUGGUCUGUUGCUACUGUCACCACUGUUAUGGUCUUUCUCUGUCUCUUUCUUCAGAGAUCCAUUUACAAGCUCGCCAAGUGGCUGAAGAAGACAAAGAGGAAAGCCCUCUGGGCUUCUCUCGAGAGGAUCAAAGAAGAGCUGAUGCUGUUGGGGCUGAUAUCGUUGAUGCUGGGGCAAUGGGCGAGAUGGAUUUCUCAAAUAUGCGUCAAAUCCUCCCUCUUCACCACCAGAUUCUACAUCUGCUCCCAACAUGACUACCCCUACCCCCACUCCCAAACCAAAUAUUCUCGAAUCUUGACCUCCAUCUCCAAUGGAUCUCGUGCUGAUAAAGCCAUUGUCACUUUCUCCCACGCCUGUGGCGAGGGGCGAGAGCCUUUUGUGUCUGCAGAAGGGCUGGAGCAGCUCCACCGGUUCUUGUUCGUCCUGGGCAUCACUCAUGUCCUCUACAGCUGUAUCGCCGUCGCCUUAGCCAUGACCAAGAUAUACAGCUGGAGGAAAUGGGAGGUUCAGGCCUGUGCCGCGGCCGAGGCGAGCUCCCACGCGAAGAACAGGGUGAUGAGACGACAGACAACUUUCGCAUUGCACCACGCUUCACACCCGUGGAGCCACAGUCGAAUCCUCAUCUGGAUGCUCUGCUUUCUCAAGCAGUUCCGAAGUUCGGUGCACAAGUCCGACUACAUGGCGCUUCGAUCGGGCUUUAUCGCCAAUCACAAGCUGCACGCGUCCUACGAUUUUCACAAAUAUAUGGUUCGGAGCAUGGAGGAUGAGUUUUACGCCAUCGUUGGGAUCAGCUGGCCUCUGUGGGGAUAUGCGAUACUCUGCAUCUUCAUAAACAUUCACGGUCUUAAUAUAUACUUCUGGCUGUCGUUCAUACCGGCUAUUCUCGUCUUGUUGGUGGGGACGAAGCUGCAGCAUGUCGUCUCGUUGCUGGCGCUCGAGAUGACAGAGCAGCGCGGUGCUUCCAAUGGGACUCAGGUGAAGCCGAGCGACGAUCUGUUUUGGUUCGGGAAACCCGAGAUCUUACUACGCCUCAUACAGUUCAUAUCGUUUCAGAAUGCAUUCGAAAUGGCGACGUUUACGUGGUCUUUGUGGGGAUUGCAGCACCGGUCGUGUUUCAUGAGAAACCAUGCGAUGAUCAUCAUUCGUUUGAUUUCUGGGGUUGUGGUUCAGUUCUGGUGCAGCUACAGCACGGUCCCGUUGAACGUCCUCGUAACGACGAUGGGAUCGCGGUGUAAGAAGGCGUUGAUUGCGGAGAGUGUGAGAGAAUCGCUUCACAGCUGGUGCAAGCGGGUGAAGGCACGGUCGAAGGCGACGAAUUCUAUUACGACGAGGUCGACGUGCUCGUUGGAAUCGACGAUCGACGAGAGGGACGAGACCGUCUCGGCUACAUUGUCGCCUUGCUCGUCGGCGCGCUCCUCGUGCCGUUUCGAUGGAGGUAGAGACCCGGAAUGCGGGAUCAAAAGCGGCGAUCACGAGCACGAGCACGAACAAAACGAGGCUAAUCAAGAAGUGUUGUCUGAAACAAGACAAAAUGAAGCAGAAGAGGAGAAGCCUGCUGAAACACUUCUUCAGCUCUUUCACAGGACAUAAAUCGUACUAAUAAUACUUGUUACAAAUUCAAAAUACGCUCUUCACUUUUCU